AUGGGCAUUAAAGCUACGGAAGAAAAAUUUUUACAAGCUACGGUUAUGAGAAUGAUAUGGUGGAGAUUGGGGUAUACUAAACUCGACCAUAUGACGAAUGACUGUCUCAGAGCAAAAAUGGGUAUUCAACCUAUGGCGGACUUGAUAAACGAAAAUCGGUUAAGGUGGUAUGGUCAUAUACUAAGAAGGGAGACGAAUGAUGUAAAUCGAAAAGUAUUGGACAUAGAGGUGCCGGGGAAGAGAGGAAGAGGACGACCUCGUAUUACGUGGAAAGGUCAAGUAGACAAAGUUAUGAUGACUAAGAAGAUAAAUCCGGACAUGGCCCUUACUAGAUCAAGAUGGAAGAAACUUAUCAAAACAAACCCCACGACUGUGGGACUAUAUGCAUGA